CACCCCCGGCGGAGGGGGCGGGAAGCGGAGAGUUGCGGCCGCGGGGCAGCUUGUUGGACUUCGUGCAGCAGCUGGGAGAGCCGAGCUGCAAGGAUGCUGCUCCCGAGAAGCUGGCGCGCGGGGCUGCGGCUGCAGUUUUGGGCAAUCCUACUCUGUUUGCUGAGUUUGGCGUCCCCAGAAGAAACAACAAAUGAAAAUCAUAAUCUCCAGGAAACUACAGUGAUGCCAAAAAAUGACUUCCUUUCUACCACUUCUCCUCUGAAAGGAAUAACAACUAUAGUAAUCCCUGAGAAUGCCAACCCCAGUCCAAGCCCCAGUCUCAGUCCCAUCCCCAGCCACAGCUACAUGACCAGCCCUAGUGACACUUACCAGAAGAGCAGUCCAGCUCCAGGGAGUACACAGUCAAUCAGAUCUAACCCAGAAACCUCAGAACCUGAAACUCAGAAUCCCUCAUCUACCUCUGGAGUCAACCUAACUUCUGGAACUGUGAACUCCUCUGCCUUAAAUGAGAUUCCUUCAGUCACCAUGGCACCCACCAAUCUGACAACAACCAAUUCCUCUUCUCCAGAGGAAGCAGGAACGACCACCAUGUCUGAGAUCACAUCAAGUCCGGUUUCCAACAGUACCAACCUUACAACUGUUUUUUCAGAGCCAUUACCGACUACUGUGGCCCCCGUUAUAAUUGAAAAACACAUCAAGUGCUUAAAAAUCAAACAAGUACAAGCAUCGAAGGGCAUCUGCUUGGAGUUGAACGAAACCUACAGUUGUGAAGAUUUUAAGAAGGCCCAGGGUGACAAUUUAACCAAAGUGGUAUGUGAGCCUAAGGUAUCUGAUCCAGAGGCUGGAACCCAGGACUGUUCCCUAAUCCUGGCUCAAUCUGAAGUAAAUCCAAGCUGCCUGAUCUUGGUUCUGGAUUCAAAAGGUGAUAUUUCUCACAUGCUCCAAGUCAUGAAUAAGCACAAAUCUAAUCUGGAAAAGUUAGGGAUCCAGGACUUCCAGGAGCAGGACAUCCGGAGUCACCAAAGCUAUUCCCGAAAAACACUGAUUGCCUUGGUCACCUCAGGUCUUCUGUUGGCAGCUCUGGGCACGGCUGGCUACUUCCUCAUGAACCGUCGGAGCUGGAGCCCUGCAGGAGAGAGGCUGGGAGAAGACCCCUAUUACACAGAGAACGGUGGAGGCCAGGGUUAUGGUGCAGGCUCUGGGGCCAGCCUUGAUUCACAGGAAAAGGCCACUCAGAACCGAGGGGCCCAAGAGAAUGGGACCAGCCAGGCUACAUCCAGCAAUGGCCACUCCUCAAGGCAGCACGUGGUGGCUGAUACUGAACUGUGAUGCACCAAGGAAGGAUGGAGCUGGUGGGGCCAGAGAAAAGAUCCUUCUCUCCAGAGCUCUCGAUGGUCUCUCCCCACCCUUACUUCCCUGCUGACCAUGUAGCACCCCACUUCCCAGAUCAUUCUUACCCUUUACCGUUGUUCCUCUCUCACCACACAUACUUUUCUUGUGCCCUAAGUUGGAUUGGGGGGGAGGAAGCUCUCAUUACCGGAUGCCUAGUUCAGUGAUGCCUGUUUUGACUGUACAGAGUGCCUACCUGGGGACCCCAACUCUCUUACCUAGGUCUGUUUGGGAUCAGGGUGUGACAAGAAAGAGCCAAGGCUCCAGAGCCCAUAUAUAGGACUCUUUAAAUAGGGGCUGGGCUCCUGGGGCAUGAGCCAACCUCCAGAUGAAUCUCUCCCUACUAGACCAGAGAGUUAGUUAUCUCUGCCACAUUCGUCUUUCUCCUCGCCUCUACCUCUAUCCCAGACCCCACUUUUCUAUUGCUAAUUCCUAGGAAGAGAGGAAAAGUUGGGGCUGUCAAUGCUUCUGUGGAGGAUGCCUAUUAUUCAGGGCCAUUCCUUCUAUUUUUCCUUUUCCUGUAAGAAAGCCACAUUAACCACUUUUUAUCCUUCCUCCCUAUAUAACAAGACUAAAACACCUUAUUUUCCCCAAAUGCUUCCCUCUAUCCUUCUACAAAGCAGAAUUGGCUGACCCUUCCUUCCCUCUUAAGUCCAGCACAACAGCCAGCUCCCCUGCAAGCAAAUAUGUCCAUGGGCAGCUGUGAAUUGGGGACUACAACUAACCAGAUUCCUAUAUUUGUGUGUGUGUGUGUGUGUGUGUGUGUGUGUGUAUCUGCCCAUACAUUUAUAAGUAUGUAUACUGGUAUAUCUAGGGGCAUACCAGUGAUAGCAAAUUGUACUCAAUCUUGGCCUCCUCUGGGGACAGUGGGGUGGGGGGGAGUGGAGACCAUAAGCCUUUUCUUCCCGGGGAACAAGGGAAGCUUUUGCCAGCUUCUGUGGCCUCUGGCUUCCCUAAGAAAAUGUCCAAAUGAGGCUUGGGAAGGCAAAAAAAAAAAAAAAAAAGACAGCAUUGCUGGCUGUUUCAGUCUUGACCUCUCACCUCUAACCCCUAGCCCCUCCAUCCCUGCCAAGGUCCUUAUAUCUCUAGCUCUUUUAGCCCUCUUUGUUCACUACCAGGAGUCAUCCUCUUGGGAGAAAAGGAUAGAAUAGUUUUGGGGAGGGAGGAAAUGGGAGUCCCUGUGUUCAACAGCCUUUAGAAGCAUCACUUUCCAGAGGUUGAGAAAAGGGUUGUAGUUUUGGGGUUUUUUUCCACUUUGAAAAAAAUGUUUGUAAAUACUGUAAUUAAAGCGAUAGUAAAACGGGUAUGUUUCUAUUGAUGCUGUCUAGAUUUGUUAUUCAGUAAGCAUUUAGUCAGCACUUAUUUUACUAGGUUUGAGAAACUAAACACUUGAAAAUAAAAAAGGUAAAAACACGA